GUAACACCAACAUAUACAUAUAUAUUAUUAAUAUUAUAUUAUAAAUGUAUAUUAUUUUAAAUUCUAGGUUGGUGGACAUGAUGGUACUAGUUAUUUAAACAGUGUUGAAGUUUUUGAUGUCAGUAUUCAAAAAUGGAAAAUGGUAUCAAGUAUGUCUAUUAGAAGAAGUCAUUUUGGUGUUGGAGUACUCAAUAACCUCCUAUAUGCGGUAAAUACAUAUUUUAUUUUAAGUUUGUCAUCAAAUUAAUUUAAUUUAAAUUGUAUUGGUUGGAGGUUUUAAUGGGACAGUAUUGAAAUCUGUUGAAUGUUAUAAUCCCAGUGUAGACACAUGGACCCCAGUAGCAGAAAUGUCGGUAAAUCGCAAUGGUUUUGGUAUUAGAAUCUUGGAUGGUGUUAUGUAUGCUAUUGGUGGUAUUAAUGGGACAGUAGCUCAUAAAAGUGUUGAGAUUUAUAGACCAAGUACUGGAGUUUGGACACCUAUUGCUAAUAUGCAUUUGAGCCGACAUAAUCCUGGAGUAUUUACAUUAGACGGUCUAUUGUAUGUUAUUGGUGGAGAACAAAACUCUACUAUUUUGAACUCUGUAGAAAUUUACAACCCAGACACUAAUACUUGGUCAAUGGAAACUUUACCUGUAAGUGGUACCAAAAUUUAUGGUGCAGUUGUCGUCAAUAGGCCACCCUAUUUCAGAACUAAUUAGCAUGUGUAAAUUGUGUAAUGUCUUUUUGGUAUUUGUAAUAUAUACAUAUUUA